AUGGAUAGUAUCCUCGAUACUCGUGUCCCAAAGGGUGGCAGCGGAUUCAAGUACAAGGGUGGUGGUGGUAGCAGCGGCGGAGGCGGAGGCGGAGGCGGGGGUUCUCUUGCGUGGUGGGUUUGGCUCAUCAUCAUCUGCAGCGUCGUGUGGUUGUUUGCCUACAUCACACUGUUUGUGCAUUUCUUUCGGACAGAUUACAUACGCGCAAAUUCAAGCGAACGCCCGCGCUUUGGCCUACGUCUAUUCGGCCGCUUGGCGUGGAAGGCGUUCAGGUAUGCGACCGGAAUUCAGAUAUUUGUAUGGGUUUUCCGGAAGAUACGAAGUAAGACGGACCGCGAUACAAAGAAGGUGGGCGACAGCUUCUAUAGGAAAAUCGAUGAAGAAGAAAGGGGGAUGAAAAGCGGAAACGAACAGUCAGCGAUGCCGCCGGCUCAACUGCGUCAUGAACCUGCGCCUCCCCCGGCUUAUUCUAACACUGCUAUUCGCUGA